AUGAUUUUUGGUAACAAUACAACGACAACAACACCAUUAUUAUUAACCGUAAACACACCUGGUCUUCGACUAUUAAUUGCUAUUGUGUGUGCUUUUCUUUAUAUAUUGGGUUAUACAGGCUGUUUAUUAUCUAUAAUUACAUUUAGUAGUAAAAAAUUACGUAGACAUUCAACUGGUUUUUUAUUUCUUAUUAUGGCAUUCGUUGAUAUAUUUAAUUUAAUUGCGAGUUUACAAUAUGUUUUUGAUGUUAUCUAUCAAAUUAAUGUAUUUGAAUUAUCCAUACAUUUAUGUCGAUUUAUAACCAUAUGUAAUUAUGAAAUUUAUUUUGGUUUUUCCUGGAUAUUUGUAUUUAUUGCACUUGAUCGUUGGAUUAAAGUUGAAUGGCCAACAAAAAGUCAAAAAUUAUGUACACGUAAAAAUUUUAUUUAUCUAUGUUUAAUUACAUUUAUUUUAUCAUUAGGACAAAAUAUUCUUUAUACAUUUUUAUGUUUUAAUGAACAUUGUAGUCAAUCAAAUAUUAUUUGUGAAAUAUUUAUACAUGUUAUUUAUAUUACAUUUUAUAUGACAAUACCUAUUGCACUUAUUCUUAUUUCAAUUAUUCGUACAUGUACAAUAACAUUAAAUUUAAAAAAACGUUUUCAACAAUCAUCAUCAAUAAUUAAUACGUCAAUAAAUACUCAUAGACAAUCAACAAUAUCAAAUCGUUUAUCAACAACACCUAUUCCAAUUAUUAUUUCAAAUCAAACGAGUAUAACAACAACAACAACAACAGUAUCAAAUGAACAAUAUCCAUUAAAAUCUUAUUAUCAUCAUCCAAAUAGUUUAUCACAAAUACAUUUACAAUCACGACAACGACGACGUCGAUUAGAUAAUCAAAUGGUUAUGUUAAUUACAAUUAAUGUAGCACCAUGUAUUUCUGUACACAUAAUUACUGAAAUUGCUUAUUUAAUAGAAAAAUAUUCAACUAUUGUUAAUAAAUCAACAAUAGCAAAAUUAAUUAUUAUACUUAUUUAUUUAAGUUGGUAUUUAAUAUCGGCAACACGUUUUUAUACAAAUUGUCUUUUAUCUCGAAUUUAUCGUGAAGAAUUUAAAAAUCGUUUACAUUUAUUAAAAAAUGGUUGUAAAUCACGAACAGUUAUUAAUAAAAAAUCAUCUAAUUAUCAAAAUUAUCGACAUACUGCAAGAUUUUAUACGGGUAAUGAUUCAAUAAGUUUAAAUAUAAAACCACAACAAUAUAAUUCAAUUAAAUAA